AUGACGUCUGUUCCUGCGUUGAUGGUACUAUAUUCUAACGACAGUGUAGAGAUACGUUACACAGAUAAAACCCGAUUACAACUGUCACCAUGUGGCUCCACCUUGAUUCAUUUUGACAAUCCUGACUCUGGCUCCCAUCCUGUCUAUGGAGUGACUAGAGUUCAGCAGAGAGUGAGAUUUGUCACCAGUAAUAAUAAACAGAAAGUUUUACAAGCACUAGAUUUCAGGAAUAGAUUUUCAGAACGACCCUAUUUAUGUCGAGAAUUGAUUCCCAAAUCAGAGAUUACGGGUUUAUAUAACAAUAUAAGAGAAGUAAAAUGGAAUAUAACGUUAGAAUCAGGGAAAUAUGAGAUAUUACCUGAUGGAAGUAUAAGAUUGAUGUCAGUUGACGAGUUCGCUAGUCUUGUUUUAUCAGCACACGGUCGCGAUUUUACAGUUUGUUAUCUUUCUAAGAUUAGCGAGGAUCCCAAAAAACACAAAGACAAAACCUCACCAAAAUUAGUUCGAGCAAAAACUGAUUUCAGUGUUUCAGGUGUCCAGAGCUUCCAGCAACAGAACGAUGCCAUCCACCGAUCUUCCACACCCCCAAAUAUAGAUUUGACAUUAUUAGACAAUGGCAGCUCUCCGGAGUUUAAAAUUGACCCUGUUUAUACUCAGCGUGUCUCAACACCAACUAAACAUAAAACAGUAUCAAUUAAUGAAACCCCUAUAGUGACGCCAUAUGGACCAACGGCUAUUUUUAAAUCAAACCAGGAUAAUUCACCUAUCAACAAUCUUCAUGAGUUGUCUAGUAUUAGUAGAAUAUCUUCAGAAGGUCUGAACGGUACUAUAGAAACAGUAGAUAUAAGUCUAGUUCCUGGAGAACAUUGUCGUUUACCAAACAAACAGUCAUCAGACCCCUUUACAUCCCAUAAUAGUUCUGAUAGUAAUUCAUCCAAUCAAAAUAAAGAAGAGAGUUCAGUGCGGUACUAUUAUACCUGGGUUACGAGACAUUAUUCUACCAGUCAGUGUCCAAUCAUCUGGAGUCAUCCAUUAAAACUGGCCAAUCAGGUGCUUGAAAAUCCAAAAGUUCUGAACAGCUUAAAUAAAAAAACACAACCCAUCUUGAAAUUAGAUGACAAGGAUGUAGUAAAGAGUUGUCUGCCACUGCCACAACCUUUGACCUGUCCCUAUCAACAUCUUCACCGGUGGUCAACUGGUCAAGAAGAAUAUUUUCAGUCAGGGAGAAUAGGGAUGGUGAUGGCUGAUGGAGUUAUUUUUAGAUUAGUUUACCUGCCCUCAAUGACUACAGUAGAAAUGUUUCCAGGAGAUGGAAGUGUUAUUUAUUCUCAUGGUGUCUCGGGACAAUUUUAUCAACAUCUUCUCUUUAAAAACAACAAGCUGGAAGAGAGAUCCUAUUCAAUAAAAAGCCUUCCACCUCCAGUACCAAACUCUACCUACUCCAUACAGAAAAUAGUUCAACGGGGCUCACGAUUUCUAAAAGAGGCUGUAGAUAAUGAUAAACAUACUCGACGAGAGGAACUGCCUUGUUGGAGGCAUGAAGAAAGUAAACGGUUGGAACGUGUAACCUGUGAGAUUCUAGAAGAGUGUACAGUGCCAGGUCGAGGGAAGUUUAUGGCAUACACCAAUGGUAGAAUCAGGAUUGUGUUUGAAGAUAGAACUGCGUUAGAUAUGGUUUGUGAUUUCUCCACGCGACUUCACUCCUGUUUACAUCAACACGGCAAGCCAGACCACUCUCCUCAGGAGAAAAUGAUGCCGAGAGUAACAGGUUUUGACAAGUUAAUGGGACGUGAAUCAUGUAGAUUAUUGUUACCUAAUGGCCAGUAUAUACUAGUAGAUAUUACUAAACCAGGAAUAUAUGAUAGACAGAUUAAUAAUUUUAGGUAUAUAAGCGCAGCUAAAGAAUGGGCGAAGUGGGUGAACUCUCUACCAAAAGAUCGUGGUAAAUUUUAUCAGAACAUGGCAACAGCUGCUGUUCAACCAUUAGAUAUAGUAGAAAAUACAGUUUUAAACCAACUUCCAGGUACAGCAAGUCAAUCAACUGAUAGUCUUACCAAACCUUCUCUAGAUUCUUUUCAACCAGCUCCUUAUUCUAGUUAUCUUCCCCAGAAUUUCAAUCAAUUGACACUAGGUGGUGCUUAUAGUGAUAGUGGUUAUUCGCUCUACCCAUCACAAUAUAGUUCCUACGCCACAAGAAAUUGUUCCAGUGCAGCGUAUAAUCUCCAACAGUCUAGUCAUCAGAAAGAGGCUGAGAUUUUCAACGGUUUCAAUUCAGUCCGUCAAGCGCUUUUAAAAACUUCCAAAUUAAUAAACGACAUUGAUGACAUUUUAGAGAAAACCCCAGAAACUCUGAAAUAG